AUGUCAAAACGCGCAAACACCGAACUCUUGCCCCAAGAAAAGCGCGAUGGCCAGCCAUUCCAUAAAGUUUCUGAAAUUGGAAGCAGGCGGGAACAACCUAUACCAGACGAGAUGGGCGAAUUUGAAGAUGCUUGGGAGGACGAGAUCGAAAGUGAUGAAGAUGUUACAAAUGCGGAGGAUGGGGAAGGAGAAGAUGUUCUUCCCGCGAUUGAAGAGUCAGAGGAACCGCCUCCAGCUCCCCAAGUAUACAUCCAUGGCACACACGUACUGAAUAAAGACGAGAUACUGGAGCCUGAUGAUUCUGUCUAUAUCAUGCGCCAUACGAUGAACGUCAAUUGGCCCUGUCUUUCCUUCGAUGUUUUGCGAGAUAAUCUUGGCGAUGAACGUCAGCGAUAUCCUGCCACCGCUUACCUAGUGGCUGGAACGCAAGCCGACACUGCAAAAAAUAAUGAGGUCGUUGUCUACAAAUUAAGCUCAUUACAUCGAACCCAGAAGGAUGGCGAUGAUUCCGACUCUGAUAAUGACGACGACGACAACGAUGACCUGGACGAAAAUCCUAUCAUUGAACACCGAUCGAUUCCUCACCAAGGCGGCGUGAAUAGAAUCCGUGCCCAGCCUUUACCAGCAGCAGCCCCGCUUCCACUACCCUCGCAGCCUUACCAUGUUGCGACAUGGGCUGAGACAGGAAAAGUGCAUAUCUGGGACAUUCAGCCGCUCGUCGAGUCGCUUGAUGUACCGGGAACUUCAUUUGAUAAAUCUCGUGUUCACGCACCUGUAUUCACCAUUAACUCUCAUGGUCGAACGGAGGGUUUUGCCAUGGAUUGGGCUUCGUCAGGACCGUCAUCAUUGCGCUUAUUGACUGGUGACAUUCAUUCGAGAAUAUUCCUCGCCACGUCUACGCCGUCGGGGUUCAAUCCUCUCUCACAACCAUUUACGUCUCAUACGUCAAGUGUCGAAGAUAUCCAGUGGAGCCCUUCAGAGCCCACCGUCUUUGCUUCAUGUUCUGCAGAUCGGAGCGUGCAGAUUUGGGAUGUGCGUUCCAAGGGCCGUAAAAGCGUCGCUGGCAUUGCCUCAGCUCACGAAAGUGACGUUAAUGUCAUCAGUUGGAAUCGACUUACUACAUAUCUGCUGCUCAGUGGUGGCGACGAAGGAGGCAUCAAAGUCUGGGACUUGCGAAACGUGAAGAAAACAGGUUCCGUUGAUCCAGAUCCUUCACCUGUUGCAUCGUUUGCUUGGCACAAGGCCCCAAUCACCUCCAUCGAAUGGCACCCGACGGAAGACUCGAUUUUCGCUGCAUCAGGUGCGGACGAUCAGGUUACGCUUUGGGAUUUGGCCGUUGAACAGGACGCGGACGAGGCUGGUAUGGAUGAUACCCCAGAUGGCGGACAGGACGUUCCACCGCAGCUACUGUUUAUACACCAGGGGCAAAAGGAUGUGAAGGAAGUCCAUUGGCAUCCUCAAAUUCCAGGGACAGUGAUCAGUACAGCUCUAGAUGGCUUCAACAUUUUCAAAACAAUCUCUGUUUAA